AUGACCCCGCUUGUAUGCAUGAUUCUACCCACCCGCAUGGUCUUGCCAAUUCACAUGCCGACCAUGCAAGUGGCCCUGGGUGUCUGCCUGCCAAUGACGAUCCAAGCAGCUUGGGCAACCAGCAAGAACAUGAAUCACAUGCUCAAGAUGCUGCUGCCGCUGCGGCUGCCUAUAGACGUACGAAGCUUAGCUAUGCCUACACACGUACCGUCAACGGCGUGGAGCAGGGUGGUAGGGCCGGCACAAACGCACCUGCCGGGAGGUUCGGCAUCACGUCCAGUAAUAGAUGCACAUGCGUUUGUGGAGGAUGAUGAUGCUUGCGAGGAGGAUGUUGCAUGUGAAGAGGAUAAGGAUGAUGCAUGUGGGGAGGAUGACGAGGCAUGUGCGAAUGAUGACGAACCAUGCCAAGCCAUGAAUGCACCACCAUCAACCAUCCGCCCUCGCUGCUUCUCGCUCCCACCUCCCUCCGCCCCACCUGCCACUGUAUCGGUGUUCACUAGAGUUCAUGCUAUAGCCGGUGCUACAGCCUCUGCCCCUACAGCCGGUGGUGCUAGGCCCCGUCUCUUCGCAGGUGCUGCUACAGCUGCUGGUACCGGACAAAAUCGUAACAGGUUCUCAGACGGUUUUCCAGGUGUUUUUCCAGGUGGUUUCCCAGGUGGUUUUUCAGGUGGUUUUGCUGGGCCUUCUGGCACCACCCCUGAAACUGCAUUCAGCGAACACGCCCCGAGAAGGCCUGCAGGAGCAGCAAGGAGCGGGCAGGAGGAGGACCCUUCGCCCCCUCUUGCUUCCCCUCCCGACGGAUCUAGCAAUGGGUUCAGUGAAAACCCCACUGCUUUCAGUGGGAACAACGCCAACAAGCAAGAUCCCGCCAGUAGAAGUCAGAAUCCUACUGCUUCGAGUGCAGAUGCUGCCACUGUCAGACAUUCUGCCUUGCAAUUGCGCCCAGGGGAUGCCAUUACAGGGAAAGCAUUCGCCACAAACACCAGUGUGCCUUCCGCGCUCCCCCCAUCUGCCUCUCCUGCGAAGGCUGUUCCCUCGCCUUACCCCCCUGCUGGGAAUGCCUUUGCCUCACCCCUGGGGAGGCCUGUUUCCCCUGGGAAUGCAUUCGCCCGUUCUGUUUCUCCUGGGGUCGCGUUUCCCCCGCAUGCCGUUCAUAAGGCAAAGAUUAGGCUUGUUGGGAUGAAGAGAGAGCGGGAGGAGGAGGGGGGUGAUGUGGGUGUGGGUGUGGGUGUGGAGCCGUUGGUGGGUGGACAGGGGAGGGUGGCGGAGGUUACUGUGACUGGAGCAUUGAGGGGCUUAAAGAUGGGUGCUGCUGCUGCUGCCGCUGGUGCUGGUGCUGGUGCUGGUGGUGCUGGUGCUGCUGGUGGUGGUGCUGCUGCUGCUGCUGCGGGUGGUGGUGUUGCUUCUAAUGCUGCUCGUGCUGCACGUGCUGCUCAUGCUGCCUGUGUUGCGAAUGCUGCUGCAGCAAGAGGGGGAGGGCAGGGGAUGGGAGGAGGAGCAGGAGGAACAGGAGGCGGAGGGGGAGGAGGUGGAGGGGGGAUUGGGGCUGUAGGAAGGGGGGAGGGGGGAGGAGGAGGGAUGGGGGGAGGAGAAGGGGUAGGGGAAGGGGAAAGUGCGGGAAUGGGGGGAGAGAUGGCUGGGGGAAGUCAUGAGGUGGGGGUGGUGCGGGGGAGGGUGAGGGGAAUGGCUGGAGUGGGGGGGCUGGGGGGAAUGGGCGGAAUGGGCGGAAUGGGGGGAAUGGGCGGAAUGGGCGGAAUGGGGGGAAUGGGCGGAAUGGGGGGAAUGGGGGGAAUGGGGGGAAUGGGCGGAAUGGGGGGGACGGAAGAUGCUGUGUUGAGUAGGAUUCUAGAGGCGCAUGGGAUGGGGGGCUUUGGGGGAGACGGCAUGGGGGCAUGGGGCGUGAGGGGAGGGGGCAUGGGGGAAGGCAUGGGGGGAGGCAUGGGGGGAGGCAUGGGGGAAGGCAUGGGGGGAGGCAUGGGGGGAGGCAUGGGGGGAGGCAUGGGGGGAGGGGAGAUUGGGGAAGGAGGAGCAGGGGGGGAUGCGAUGUGGGGGGGAGACGUAGAUGCUGGGGUGAUGGGCGCAGCAGGGGCAGGGGGAGGGGGGGGAGGUGGGGGAGAAGUAGGGGGAAUGGGCGGAUGGGAACACGCAGGGGGAGGGGGAAUGGGGGAGAGAACGGGUGGUGCAGCUGGGAUGGGGGGGGGGGGGGAGAAAGGGGGGAAGCAGGAGGGAGGAUGGACGGAAGGGGCAGGGUGGGAGCUUCCGACUGGGGUUCGGGAACAGGCAUGGGAACAAGCGUGGGAACAGGCAUGGAAGCAGGUAUGGUACAGCAGUUUAGCAAUAGAAUGGAAGGUAUGGCAAGCGGUCUGGGAAGGGGCAUGGGAAGAGGCAUGGCCUUCAGAGCAUGGGGGACCGUCAGGGUGUGGGGGGGCAUCAGAGUGUGGGGGAGACUCAUGGUGUGGGGAAUCAUGGUAUGGGGAAUCAUGGUAUGGGGAAUCAUGGUGUGGGGAAUCAUGGUGUGGGGAAUCAUGGUAUGGGGAAUCAUGGUAUGGGGAAUCAUGGUGUGGGGAAUCAUGGUGUGGGGAAUCAUGGUAUGGGGAAUCAUGGUGUGGGGAAUCAUGGUGUGGGGAAUCAUGGUAUGGGGAAUCAUGGUGUGGGGAAUCAUGGUGUGGGGAAUCAUGGUGUGGGGAAUCAUGGUGUGGGGAAUCAUGGUGUGGGGAAUCAUGGUGUGGGGAAUCAUGGUGUGGGGAAUCAUGGUGUGGGGAAUCAUGGUGUGGGGAAUCAUGCCGCGUUCCAGACGCAGGAGAUGGGGGACUGGAAGCAGCAGCAGCAGCAGCAGCAGCAGCAGCAGCAGCAGCAGCAGCAGCAGCAGCAGCAGCAGCAGCAGCAGCACCAAUAGCAGGCCGCCACGUGUCCGGUUCGCAAUCCUCCUUCCGUCCGACCGCACGGCAUGCAUCGUCCGUUCUGCCACCUGCCUCCUCCACUCCUCCACCCAUCCCUCUAUCCUCUACCAUCCCUCCUCCUCCUCCUCCUCCUCCCCCUCCUCCUCCUCCUCCUCCUCCUCCUCCCCCUCCUCCUCCUCCUCCACCCACCACAUCACUGGGUUUCUCGGAGCAUUCUUCCCGGCUGCAACUCUCCCUUGCCGCAAACCCCUCACCCGCGCCUGUGUCAAUCUCUGCUUGCGCUCCCAUUCGUGGGGUUCGUUCGGGGCUUGGCAUGGGAGGAGGGGGGUCUUUCGGGGAUAUGGGUGGAGGGGGUGGUGGCGGCGGGUCUUUUGCUGGUGACGCGUGUGCGCCUACUCUGGACCUUCUGAAGUGGUGA